GCGAUCGACGCUGGCCGCACUUGCACGUCGAACACCUGCCUCCUACCAGUAACAUCGCCCUUGUUCCUCCUCCGUCCUCACCACCGACUGCGCACGUAAGGCGCCGUCGACUCCUCUCCCACGCGACUCCGCCCGCCGCGGCGAUAGCUUUCACCGCCAGCCACCUCCCUCCCUCCUCUUGACCUUCAGUCUGGAUUCCGACGAGAACUCAAUUCACACGACCCCAUCCCUGCGAGCGCAUACGCCACUGGGCAAGACCGACGUCGACUCGCAUUUUCGCCUCGAUACAUCCUCGUCGUCACAAUCGCAGGAGCGCCAGGACCAGCCGUCCUCCGCUUCGGUUGAGUCUCCACCACCAUUCGCCUCGCACAACUUCCCCUCUCGCUACUUUCCGGAGCCAUCGACCGCGGAAGCAUACCUCUCGCUCGUUACCACAGCUUGCGCAGCCGAUACCCUCGUCGCCUUUGCCCCAGCGCCGCCGUUCGAAGAGACACAGUCCAGUGGAGCUACAUCCAGUGUCGUUGCCGAGACAAAAGCUGCGCUCCCACGCGAUACCAAGACCAGCAAGGACUUAGACGACGGAGAGCCGCCGCCGCCAUACACUGAAGGAUCAAGUCCGCUCGAGGGAUUCACAUACGUCAUGGCAGCAGCAGGAGGUGCCGCGAGCAUCAUCACACAGGUGCAGCAGGGAGGACCAGCACCGAUAAAUACAGCUUUGCAAGGAGGUGGUUCAGACGAGAACAUUACCUUGGAGCUUCGCAGGGGAACCCGCUUCACACUCUCACGAGAUGAGCUUCUUACACUACCCGAAUUCGUCUUGCUCUCAUUGUUUCCGAACGGCCUGCUACCCGACGGACACAUGAACAGCUACAACCAAGACGGCGAUGUCUACCCGGUCGACUACGAUCCUUUGUCCCUGCAAUACAUGCUGGAGUUCUUCCGUCAUGUGGCACAGACAAUUCCGCAGUCAAGCGAGGAUGGUCAACCUAGCGAAGGACCGAACACGAUGCCGAUCGAGCCCAUGCCUGGCAAUGCACGCGACAUGCUCCAAGACAGAGCCGGCAUCAUUGUUUUGCGCGAGGACCUCGAUUUCUAUGCAAUUCCUCCUCGCAAGGACAUUGAGCAAAUGGAAAUGAUCAACAUCAAGCGAGCGGCCAGCAGAGCGCUGCUCAAGCAAGAUGGUAUCUUCUCUGGGCUGCGUAAAAGCGAGGAGACAGGAACAACGGAGCAGCACUUGAUCGAGAUGCUUACAGCUGGUGGCUUCAACCACGAGGACAUAUGGGGACACCGCGCUGCCGAACCACAAAAAGCCGUCAUUUGCUCGAUCGCUCUGGCCCGCCUACGCACCGACAUCAAAGGCGACAACUCCGGAGCUCAAAAUGCUGUCGGCAUGGCUCAGAAAUUGCUUCUCUUCUGGAGGAAGCCUGCCAGGAGAUGUUGGUGGGAAGGCGUUGAGCUUGAGAAUGUUGAGGGCGUCGAAGGAAAGCUCAAGGUUUGGAUCAGGCGUGUUUGGACGUUGGAGAUGAGCGUCAUAGGACUACGCUGAUCGGAUGGUCUCUGCAUGCGAGCAAGCUGAGCCGGUCAUAAAGGACGAACAGGACACCAUUGAGGACUGAGCAUCAUCAUUCGUGCACGAGCACAGCAAAGGCAGAAGUCGACUCAUCGUUUCGAAACAACCGGACCCGUGCGGCUUUACUUCUGCCCAUCAUAGCAUGUCGGAGAGCAGAUUCCUCGAUUGAUACGCAGUCCACCACUGUGCGGCGCACUACGGGAGCGCUGAGCACCUACAGAUUAUCCGGGUAUUGUAUAAUACCAUCAACUUUC